GCGGUGGCGGCAUUUGGGCAUCAAUUCCACACCGAUCCAUCGAGCGAGCGCCUUUUUUCAGUCAAGGUCGUCACCGAACCGUUGCGCAUUAAUGGAGUCCGCAGAAGCUUUGGCCGCCAAUCAGAAGAGCCGCAGGAACGUCACCAUCGAGUUGACCAACCUGACCAGUGGCCUUUUGCUGAAACACCCCAAGGUGUACCUGGACAGUGGCGACGUCCACAGCCCGCCACAGCCCACCGUGCAUUCCAUGCGCACCGAAGUGUGCAACUUCACCAAGAGGGACGGUGCCACAUCGGGCGCGGUGGGCGUGAUGACCUACGACAUCUACGAUCACGGCACGGCAGCGGCCAAGCUGGCCAUCAUGUUCUCCGUACCCUACGACUACAACAUCUACAAGAACUGGGUAGCGGUGGGCAUCGUCGAAAAGGAGCGCGAAACCAACAAGAAGCUCUACGAAGAGAUGUACAACUGCAAGGAUAUGAAGAACUUUGUACGCCAGCAGUGUAACGGCUCCUGCUUGACCUACGAGCACGGCAGGAUGGACGUCAAGGUUACCAUGUCGCCAAUGGGCAGGGCCAUCAUGAAGGUGGAAGUGUGGGAUAAGCACUUCCAUUAAGGCUUCCCGGCCUUUCCAAACCACGCGAAUAAAAACAAGAAGACAUCUUGCUUUUUGUCUGGUUUUUCCACAUGCUCAAGUCUAAACAAACACAUUGGCCAACAUUCAGGCUAACAGAAAUUAAUGUCAAAAGAUUUGGGGAUGGAUUAUUCAUGAUUACAUUGAAGGAAAUGAUUCCAGGUCACUUCCUGCCGACUUCCGGCAAUGCCAUGUCGCUAUUUAUUGAUUUGGGCUCACUUUCUGUUGAACUUUAAAGAAAAAUAAUGACCACAAGUAGAGAUAAGAGUUUAAGUCAGCAGGAGCAACACUCACUCAGCAAGUUGUAUUCAGUGGUAUGAAAAAGUAUAUGAACAUUUUGGAUUUCCUCACAUUUUUGCAUUAAAUCAACAUCAAAUGUGAUCUGAUCUUUGUCAAAAUCACACAGAUGAAAAAAUUGUCUGCUUUAACUAAAACCACCCAAACAUUUGCAGAUUUUCACAUUUUAAUGAGGAUUGCAUGCAAACAGU